GGAAGGUUCUGCUUUAGGUUCUGUGGUACAGGCUAAAGCCCCGUGGAUGCAGGGGCUUUAGUACAGGCGGUUGGUCUCCUGCAGGUUGAACUCUUCUGGCAGUCGGUACGGGUUUUGUGCGCGCUAUGGACGUACCGGGUUCGUUUCGUGAUCAAGAGGCCGAGCGCCGAGCGAGAAGGACGGAGCAGCGACGCAAGCAGCGGCAGGUCGAGCGCGAGUCGACCGACCCCGAAAUCGUCGCCAGGCGCCAGGCUCGAGCUGAACAAGUCCGGCUAAAGGCGCGGGCUUGGCGUGCCCAGGAAACUCCCGAGGAACGUGCUCGGCGGCUUGCGACAAUGCGGGUGUACCAGGCAAGACGGCAUAGCUUAGAAACUCCUCAACAGCGUGAAGCCCGUUUGGAAGCCCAUCGCAUUGUCUUGCGCGAAGCCCGGAAGCGAAAGGCCGAACAGAAUGCCCGGCUUCACGCGAGCGCCACCAAUUGCAUCGAUAACCCUUUGGGGUACAUAUGCUCUGUGUGUGAUCGUCUCUGUCAUCUGCGAGACAUCGUUUCCGUCAACGAGACGUGGGUUCCCGUGCUGGAGCAAAUUUUUCCCGAGGCUGACGUUACUACCUUCAGCGUUUGCACCACCUGCCAAGGCUCACUUCGUAAAGGAAGGAAUGUUCGAAAGAAAGGCCAAGAAUGCGAGGCAAAGGGUUCCACUACAGAUGUGAAAUCUCAAGACAGCUUGUCAAAUGAGCAGUGGCACGAUGUGGCCACCGUAUCACGAGGAGCUGAGCAGAGAACGCCAAGCUGCCAUCGACGACUUGUUUCCUUCUGCAGCAGACAUCUUCGAACAGUGGACGUUAAAACUGCAAUGACACCUUCCUCUCUAACCACCAGAAACACACAGACUGAUAGUAAACACAAAUGGGUGCCAACCAUGGGUCCUUCCGCCAUCAAGAAAGAUACUACACUGGCAAGCACCUGUGAAAGCUCUAGUACCAGGAUUUCAGCAGCAGAGUCUUACUCCUUGCCUGAUAAUGGCACACAGACAAAGUUUAUGGAACACAAAUAUGUUCAAACAGCAUCAUUUGUAGUGACAAGGGCAAUACAAACGUGAGCUCGUCCAUCCUCAAUGUCUGUGACAGUGAAGAUUGCAGCCUAACUUCAAGAUGCCAACUCUUCUUAGGGACUUAUUUCGAAAAAAAGUUAUAAUUUUCUAGGUUGACCGUAAAGUGACAAAGAUCUUUUGCAUUGGUAUAUAUGUACUCUUCAUUCAUGAAUAACAACAAUAAAAAAGGAAAUAAACUUUAAAAUUUGAUGCAUUGUUAUACACAUAGUUCAACGCAUUGAAAAUGCGCACACGAGAAUAUUUCGCAAGACUCAAAUGUUCCUGCUCUUACACUAAUAUUUACGUCCAUAGCGUAAUCAAACUGCAUAGGUGCACGCACUCAAGAAAACUCUGGUGUGUGCCCGUCAAAAAACCAAAAUGUGUGACAAAUUUAUGCUAAUCUUCAUCUUAUUGCCAACCAGAGGCAAUUAGUUUUCUCGAGUGUCAAAAAAAAAAAAAGAAGGCUACGGAAAUACAUGCACGGCGGCAUCCUUCCUAUGCACACCCCUGUGAGCACUAAACAAGCGAGAAACAAGCGGUCGCCCUUUGAGCAAUUAGUAAUGAGAUCAAUAGCCAUCAGCGCAACAAGCUGAAACCGCACGCGGAAGAAAACCCAAACCGCCAGCCACCCGCGCGCGCCAAUGUGCUAGCAGUAGUAUAUAGACGCGUGGAAGCAAACUAGCUCCUAAACAAACCAUGCAAUGGAAAUUGAGAGAGGGGGGCGUGCGAAAAAAAUUUCCUUUGUUCCCACAUAGUGGUAACACAUGACAUAAAAGAAAAAGUUAGGAAAUGGGCGCGCUUUUUAAACGUACAGACGGCACCGUAAAUAUAUGGCAUCAACCAUUUUUGGACGUGUUCGCGGCGCUGUAUAUUCACGUCAUUGACCCUGAAAGGGUUAAUGCACAUUGUAAAUGUCGAGCUGGGACAAAGGUUCAAUUUUGUUAUGUUAUAAAUUAGUGGUAUAUACAAAGUGUCUCGGCUAACACUUGCCAAGCUGGUAAAGAAAAAAAGGAACUGCAGUAAUAUAGGAUUAUGAUAAGGUGUUCAUUCAUCAGUUCUCUUCUCCCAUCAGGAUAAUUCUUCUGCAGUAAAAUGUAUCUAACUACAGGUUAAUUAAAAGCUUUCUAAUUUGUUAAUUAGGAAUCUAACUUCCAAUGGUAAAGUUAUUGCAUCCUAAAACAUUUCAUUAAGCCAUUUUCAGUGCACUGUGUCCUGCAUAACUAUUUUUUCCAAGCUUUCUGCAUAGUAAUCAAAAUAUGAAAAGUGCCACAAGAUUCUGUGCCUACGUGCUGCAACACAAUUGGUCCCAAAGUGAUUUCAACGCACUCCACUCAUUGUAUAACUUGUCAAGUGUCUGGCCAUUAUGUAGGCUGUGAUUGCCAUGUAGAACUUACAGCUUCUUAUCAUUCGAAGCAAACACCAACAUUGACUGCUUGCAAAUUCAGCAGCUUGCAGAGUCAGACAAUCAGUGGAGUUAGUUUCUUCAAAUCACUUUUGGUACUAAAUGUGAUGUUUUAUGACAUAACAGCUUACCCACUAGGACAUGCCUUUAAUUCAAAAAUUAAAAACUUAUUAGUUAGUCUUCCCUAAUUAGUAAAUAAUCGGUACACAUAACUUAUACUGUACGUGAAAGAGUACUGAUGGCUGAAUACUGUCUGUCUAUUUAGUACCAGUUCUUUUUUUUUUUUUAAGCUUGGCUAAUGUUAGUUGGGACUCCCUAUAUUACUACCAAAGCAAUCUUGGUCAAGCAGCAUGGCUGGUAAUUGUUCAGUUUUCUUAAUGACAGCCUUUAGGUGCACUUGGUGAGUAGAAGACGUGGUGCAAAUCGCCUCUGUAAUUUUCAGCACGCCACCUAUACUCUGCUUCAGUAGUUCCCUAUAGCACUGGAAGCUCGUCCUCUAUUUGCAGCGACACCAAAAUAGUUUGAGAUACUGAGAAGGAAAGUUUCGGAGAUGGCGGAAGCUGAGGAGCACUUAGCCAGUGUGUCACGCGGAAUGGUGGCACCAUCUCGUCAUUCCACUUGUGCACGAUGCGCUUGCUGACAUUUGUAACUGCAGCCAUUUUCUUAAUUAGGAGUUGUGUACGUUUACCCCACUUCUUCUGCACUGUUCAAAGCAUGUUCAAUGGCAACUUAUUCAUUCCUUUAGUGUAAAGGAGCAGCUUGGAACGAUGCCACACAAGCAAGUAAGUCUGCGGAGGCCAUUUUUCGAAGGAUGAAGGAAUGCUCUGCGCUGUUGUGGCUGUGCGGACUGCACAUAUGAAUUUAUCCACUGUCAAAGCAACUAUUUGCUUGUACUUUUUAAGUACAAAUUAAUGUCUAUAUGGCAGCAUUGCAUCAAUGUUGUACUCUGCCCAUUUUCAUUUGAACAAGUGGACAACUCUUAUUUUUAGCAUCGUGAACCUCAAUAAAUAUUUCAUUAAAGAAGUGAGCAAGAUUGCAAAAUAAACCAGCCUGCAACCUGCAGAGAAGCUUUCAAGUGAAUACCUGCAAACAAGACCUCUUGUAGAAGCCAUUUAGUCCAAAGCCUUCCACACUGUGGCACUACAUUUCGCUGCACAAGAAUCUGCGCUCACAAGUCACUUAGCCUUCGCUCUGCAGCAAGACACUACUGAAACAGAGUAUAAUCUCGGAGGUCAUGCCAAAGAGUCAUGCUCAAUGUUUUGGGUUCUACAUUAGGUGAGCACUAAUGGUAGCAUUUUUUUUUCCAGUUCCAAUGUCAAAAGCGUCUAUUCUUGUUGACUAUGUGGCACAUCCACUCAUAUUUCGAACAUGUAAUUUUUCACAGAGGCAAUAUUAUAUUUGCACUAUCUAAAACUGGGCUUUCUACUUGUGCGAAAUUUCAUUGCAGUUGGCCUUUUAAGCCCCAGUAUCUUCCUUGAAAUAUAAGAGUUUCUGUAGCCUGUUUCACUGACAGUGCAAUCUCCCUUG